UGGUGAAAAUAUUUUCAUUUAAUAUUCAUAAACGUAUACAGUAGAAAGUAAUGUCAUUAUUUCUGUAAGUGCUGUGUAAGUGAAACGAAAUAUAAGUAUUUAUGCGUGACAUUUAAUGCUGUAUAUAUCUUUGACAAUAUUAAAUAGAAUAACUACACUACCAUGGCUGCGAAAAUAUUUUCAUCAUAAUUAGAAGUAUUACGAUGUUCUGUUUAUGAUAUGAAAUAUCAUAAUGACACACACCUGAGACCUUAGUGUUCAGGUGAAGGAAAACACCAAGUGAGAAAUACCACUUCAAAAGGACAAUUGAUUGGGACAACAAUGCAUGUUUAAUAUUCCAAUAUCUCUAGUACCGUACCAUACACAGAUUUAGGCUUGAUUUCAACUUCUCAGGUCAAACAGGGUUAUGUAAAUUGGACACACGUUUGAAAGUGAUAUGAAAUGUUUAAGUAGUUAUAGCAAAAGGGAUAAAUAAGAAUAAAUACGUCGAUUACACUCGGAUGUUGGAGGAUUGUUGUGUCAACUACCAGACAGGGGCAGGAGAUAGAAUAUACAGUGUAUACAAAUGCAAACAAACGCAUUGUGAUACGAAAUAUCUUACGCUAACAUCAGCCAUUAUGUUGAAUAAAUUUGGAUUUUAAAGCUCGGAGCUAUAAGCAGAAGUUGUUGGUGCGGUGAAGUGUGUAAAUUCGGACAUUAGACCUGCAGGACCAAUGAACAAAGACUGAUUAGUGAUUCACGCACUUAUUGAACGCCUUGGUUGCGAGUAACAUGUAAAUGCUGUCGAAGCAUAAUGUUCAGUAGAUUAUUUGAUUCAACAAAGUAUAAACGGGGUCGAUAACACAGUACAUCAAAUAGUGUCGUAUUGAUUCAUGGUUUAUUCACGUAUCGAUAAAGGAUUGGCGCAUGACUUUCACUACCGGUUUAUUCUAAACUUACUAACCGUGGAUCGUAAUCCACAAAUGAAGCAAUAAAUCUGAGUAAUAAAAGCUAGAAGAUGUGAAAAGUGAUAAAGAAAACAGUGUCGUAGCUUUGUUAACCUGAGAAUAAAGAGUGCUUUUAAAAAAACGAAGGAUAUAAAUUCAAAAUGUCUUCUGGUGAAAAUGAAGCAGCAGCCGACAAUAUGUCGUCUGCUUCAGGGUCACACACUUCAGAAGAUGUUCACAUUACAGAGGAUUCAAUUUACAAACCAGAACCUGACGACGCGUUCCAAGAAGCCAUUGAUAAACUAGAUGAUCUGAAUCUAGAACCGGACACUUCUCUGCCUGACUAUGAAGACAACGAGAACGGCUCUGUUGGUGAGCAUUCAGUUGACAGUAAAGAAGAGAAGACAGAUGAUAAAGGUGAUGUUAUUGCCAGUGGUGUGAACAAAAAGGCCGAAAAAGGACAACAAACUAAAGAUGAAUCAAAACCAAAGAAAAAGGGGUCUUUGUUUGAUAGACUGAAACGAUUAACAAAGUUUGAAAAGAAAUCUGGUGGCCACAAAGAAACGAACUUGUCAAAAUUCCGAGGAGUAAAAGUAGACCGCUUACCAGUAUGUUUUGUGGCAAAAUAUAUAGGACACCGUGAAACAAAGGGAGUGUUCGGUUUAGAACAUGUUCGAGAACCAGUGGAUGACUUAAUUGCUAAGGUCAAGGACGAUCUUGUGUCUAUGGACAGGGUGGAGCUACCCCUGUGUUAUUUGGUGUUCUCACCGAAAGGGAUUGACGUAAGAGAGCAUCCUUCAAACAAGGUCCGUGAUGCGGUGCAUUAUGGUCUUCAUCCCAUUGAUUUUAUUUCGUACGGUGUCCAGGAUAUGAAAUACUGGCGCGUGUUUACAUUCAUUGUUGUCAACGAGAUGGGUUAUAACAAGAAGAAAACAGAGUGUCACGCAUUUAUUGCAGACCAAAGUCAGAAUGCAAGGAAGAUGGCGCUAGCUCUUGCCGCAUGUUUUCAGGUAUACAAAAAGAAGCUUACUGCAGAAGGGAAAAGACACAACUUCCAAGUUGAGCUAAGACCUCCGGAUGAGCUGUCUGGGGAUCUUCAAAAUGAUGUAGAAGCUUGAAGGAGUGCAUAGUGAUAUUAGUAAAGGUUUCAGUGAACCAUUCGCCAUAUUAACACUCCGUCCUAGCUGCAUUUACCCAGUGAAGAUAAGGGAUUGAGGUCAUAAAAGUAUUUAUACUUAUUAAGUACCCAAACAACUCAAAUUUGGAAGCGAAUGCACGUCUUUUUUGUUUAACUAUUUAAUUUGUCGUGUAUGGCUUACCGUAUCAAAUUAGAGGGCAAUAGGACUUUGCUAAAUCUUGAGAAAUGGCUUCUUGCAUGGUUUGUGUCUGAUAUUAUAUAUAAAGGUAUAAUAAUACUAUGUAACCUGUACUUGUAAGUAUUCUGUAAAGCAUUAUAUCAUCUUAUCUACGUAUGGGUCAUCUUUAAGUGACACUCUUAUUCAAAAUCAACACAUACACAGGCAAACAUAAAUUUUGACUGAUAUACCUUUAACUACUUACUAAAUAAUGCAUUUAUGAAAUAUAUAAAUUACUGAUAACAAGAUUGUAACCGUGUUUUUUAUAGCUGAAAACGCAAAAAAUAUUAAAUGAUUGGUGAAUGCUAAAAGAUUUAGAGAGAUCUACUUUUGUCUCAUAAGGUAGAAAUACCGUGUUUUCUGCACAUUUCUUUCAAAUGAAACUCGGAAUCCUUCAUAAGAACCAUUAUUUUCGACAUUUAUUCGUCCUUUCUGGUAUAUUUAAACAAUUGUAUUAAUUGAGGUAAAUCUAAAUCUGAUUAAUAGUGCAUCUUUAACAACACACGUAUCGUACGAUUGAGGUUUUUCAAAUAGAUAUUUCUGAGAAGUUUAAAGAAUAUCUUUUUUGAAACUAAUAGCUUUAUGGCUCAGUUAAGGUAAUGUUUUUUAGGUUUUGAAAGUAAAACUUAAAAUUUAGUUUGAAACGAUCGCUCCAAAUUUUACUGAAUUUCUUGGUCUUUCAAUAUUUUUUUUCGUACGGUCGUUGAUGAGACAGAAACGUGACCAUUAUUGAUAAAUGUCAUGUAUGUAUACAUGUGUUCAGUAUUAGAAUAUUUACAAGUAUUUUUCGCUUAUGAGUCAUAUCAAAAUGAAUAUUCUUUAAAGCAUUUAAAAUGUUAAUAUAUAGUUUAUAAUAUCAAUAUUGAUAAAACAAUUAUAUUUUGCAAAACAUUUUAACCCGAAGUUAUUAUAAUAUUUUAGUCAUUUUCAGAUAUUGUCCAACAUGUUGUUAAACAUAACCAUGCUGCUUAUUUUAAAUUCAAUGUAACAUACAAUGCUAUUAAAAGUGUAAAAAUAUCAAAG